UUUAAUCAACUAAAUUGCUGCAAUUUAUUUCAUUCGACAAAUACUUUCCAUUAUUUAACCAGUUUUGUAUAAACGUUACAUAAAGCGCACUUUAGACCUCAUUCAAAAUAUUUAUUCGAUCCCUGAUUUAUCUAUUGAUCUUUAUUUAACUCAUAACAAAAACGUAUCCUAUCGCAUACUAGAUAAAUCGACGAGGAAUAAAGUAAACAAACACGACGCUUUUCCAUAAUCCAAAUUUAAAAUUGACAGUGACACAUACAACACGUUCGAGUGCAAGUUCAAUUGCAGUGGGCUAAUUAGAGUCGAAUUUCGGGCUCACUUUCACACAGGUCACAAGUAUUCAAGAAAGUGUCAAGGUGAACUUCAAUUCAAUUCACAGGCAAUCAUGAGAAAGAAAAAUCUGAAUAUGAUAAGUAUUCUCUAACAGUACGCAUAUAAAACCUUGAAAACCGAAGCAUGAAGUCAAUGAAGUAGAAGGAAGAGAACAGUUAGUAGAGUAUCGUAAAUUGUGACUGGUGUUCAAUCGAAAUCGUUUCAAUUAUGGGGCCGUUUGUGUUGCUGUUUCUGGUCCUAAUAAAUUUUUCUUCGAGUGCUGUGCUUAACUAUUACAGGGUAAACAACGAGGCUGGUUUAUACUCCCCCGACGACGAUGUGACGAUUUUAACGAUAAGUAAUUUCAAUAGCAGCAUAUACAGAAGCGACAGGGCGUGGAUGGUCGAAUUCUACAGUAACUGGUGCGGUUUUUGCCAAAGGGCAGCUCCGAAGUACAAGGCCUUCGCCUCUGACGUCAAGGGCUGGAAAGACCUCAUUGUAAUAGCCGCCUUAGAUUGCGCCAACGAAAGAAACGGACCCGUUUGUGAGUAUUUCGGCAUAACGAGAUACCCAACGUUCAGAUACAUCCACGAAAAUUACGUGGAAGGUCCCCAAAACACCGGUCUACCAAUUGUGGCUGAUUCUCACACGAACCACACCGAACACAGGAGAAAUUUAAUCGAGAUAAUGCGAAUCGAAAAAGCCCAAGGCAGGGGCAAACAAUUCCCGAAUUUGGAACCUUUCAACGAACAAGACGCUGCGAGAAUAUUCGAUAAAAAUCAAAAAAUAGGAUUUUUGAUUAUCCAAGAACCGCUCGACCCUGUAGGCGCUUCGAUCAUCCUAGAUUUCCACAAAGUAAACGAAGCAAUCAUACGAUACAGCUACAACAACUUAUCCUUCAUCACUGCAGAUUCUCUACCAGCUCUAUUCCAAGUAGAACCGAACGGUAACUUACAUCCCCUAAAUCUAACAGUAGGCAACAGGCUCGAAAUACGAAAUAUAAUUCGCGACAUCCUACUAGCCCGAGACAUCGAAGUACCGGUAGAAACGCUAAGGAACGUUUCCACAUCGAACGCAUCCAACCAGCCCAUCACCUCCACCAAAGAGGAUAUAGAACUGAGGAACAAAAUCAAGAAACUGGGCGACGUCGUGUUCCAACUCGACCUGGAGAACGCCAUUCGUUACUCGCUCAAGCGCGAAAUCGGCGGCAACGCCGACAUCAAAGGCGAGAAACUCUCGGCCCUGCGAAACUUCGUCGACGUGCUGGUCAAGUACUUCCCCACCAACAAGAAGGGCAGGUGUCUGCUGAGGCAGAUCCGCCACUACGCCAACAACACCGACGCCGCCAACGGCACGGAGAUCGCGCAAUGGGUGAAGGAGGCCGAGGACGCCGGCGACGUGUUCUCGGAGCCGCCGCACUGGCUCGGCUGCAAGGGCAGCUCGCCCACCAAGCGCGGCUUCCCGUGCGGCAUGUGGAAGCUCUUCCACUAUCUCACCGUCAACGCCGCUUUCGAUCCGAAGCAGUCGCGGGACGCCAAUCCGCGCAUGGUGCUGGAAGCCAUGCACGGCUACAUCAGGAACUUCUUCGGCUGCGAGGAUUGCAGCAAUCAUUUCCAGGCGAUGGCGCAGCGCAGGCAGCUGUUUAAGGUAUUGUCGUGGGAGGAAUCGGUGUUGUGGCUGUGGAGGGCCCACAACGAAGUCAACGAGCGCUUGUCGGGCGACAUCACCGAGGACCCAGAGUUUCCCAAGGUGCAGUUCCCGCCCAGGGCCAAUUGCGAGAAAUGCUGGAAGAGCGACGGCGCUCCCGACGAGGUAGAGGUUUUGAGCUACCUCAAAAGGAUGUACGCCAAGGAGAAUAUCAAUUAUUUGGGCGUUAAAGAUCCGAGCUUUGCUGCUUUCAAUAUGGAACCCCGGCCCGUUGAGGGUAAAUCUACAUCGGGGGCAGCGACAGUGGUCGGAAUAAAUGUAGCGUUGCUUUUUGGAUUCGUGAUCUCAAUGUUGUUAGUAGUUUCCUACUAAUUUAAUUAAAAGCCGUACCUGUAAGUUCAAAAUGGAUUAGUCGUCUUUAUACAAAACACAAAUAUUGUUAUGAAAGCCAAAUAUACACUUUACUAACCUAUUCUCCAUUUAAUGGAUAUUUAUUCGGCCGUACUAACAACGAAAAUUGAUCGAUAACAAAAGUAAAUUUUGAAAUUUUCCAGUGUUGGUGGUUUAUUAACAAUAUGUAAACAUUCAUAUAAGCCUUGUGAUAAAUUCGUUGAAAUUAUAUAAUUUUAGCUGGUAUGUGAUUCAUUAAUUUUUCGCACAUUCUAUUGACAUAAUAUUAUUAUUUCGGGUUGUUAUUAUGGGUAAAGGGAGCGUUGUCUUUAUAAAGCACUGUUGAAGCUAAAUUAGUCAAUUAAAAAGCGAGCUUGUUACAUUUUAGAAACUUACACGAAUCUCUAUAUAUCUAUAAUUUAGUCUUAUACAGCUCUAAUUGUAAGUUAUAAGGUUUCGAUUGAUAUCGGGAUAGUUUGAGGUCGUUUGUAAUUUUGAUAUUUGUGAUGUUUAAGUGCCAUUAAAUUGUACACAAUUUUUUAUAAUCGGUUGAUUUACUAUAGAAUAUAUUUCUAAACUCGAACCUCUCCUCUUUUUCAAGAGCGAAUAAUAAGCAAAUAAUCAAGCUAUCCUGUGUAAGAAAUAAGAAUUAUUCGGUGCUAUUUUCAAACGAUUUUAUUAUACACGUGUAUAUUUUAUUAAUAGAAUAGUUUUUAUGUUGUUUAUAAUAGAGAGAUAGUAAAACAUUUAAUUAGCAGGUGGUACAAAAUUUAAUGUAUUAGUAAUUUUUUUAUUGUAUUUUCCGGCAUUUUGUAUUCUUUUAAGUACCUUUCAACAUUAGAGCAACGAAUAUGUAGUGACUAUUUAGCCUAAUUUUAAUUUCUCGACGUGUUGCAUGUUCAAGAUAACCUCGAAGCUUCUCUUAUGAAUAAACUAAUUGAUUUUAUUCGAAUGAAACAGUAUUCUAUUUAUACAGUUAUCCACCCUAGUGAUAUAUUAUUAACAUUAUAUUUUUAUAUAUCGGUUUGUUAUUAAACGCGUUUAAUUAUACAAUUAUUUUAUAAGGAACUUCAUUGUAACUGUAGCUUGAUUAAUAUAUUUG